AUAUGAAGGCAGAUGAUGAAAUCAACGGUGCAGCUGGCUCUUGUUACAAACGUACCACUACGCAGAGUACCACCGCUACGCUACCGGGUGGCAUCGAUGAGGAAGGGCGUUCGUUCUCUUGGUCGUCCUCGGAUCUUUCCCCUUCGCGGCCUCUGACUGGUGGAUUUUCACCUUCCCUGAGUUCUGCUCGCCAGGGUCUGGAGCAUAAUCGCGGCAGUACUGCGGUUGGUGAAAUAGGAGUAGUCAAGGGCAACGACCAGAACCAGCCGAGUGGUGGUCGAGCGCUUGUUCUGUCUCCACCAAGAAUACGCAAUGCAGUUAUGUCAUCUUGGUCUGGAGGAAGAUUGCGAGGUUUGUCAUGCAUGUUUUGAAUGAUCCAUGAUGUCUGUGAUGUUGCAUGAGCCGGAAUCACAUAUUAGCUGAAGGCUUUGUGAUGCCACCUCUUCCGCAUGAGAAAUGACCUCGCCGCGUAGCGUCAACUGGAGUUUUCUUGCUGGUCAUGCAAUACAAGUUUUUUUAGCAUCCAGAGGCAGCAUCACAAGUUUGGAAUCUUCCAAACGACCCAGACGUAGUUGCAUUUGAUAACUAACUCGAGGAGCUCCUCAACUUCCGGGAAGUAGUACUAGUAGAAGAAGAACUUCGACGCAUCGUGACUAUGUGCUUCUCCUACCUGACGACCAUGCCCUCUUGCGCUCGACACGGAACGGCAGCGCGCUGAUACUAAACGACCGUCAACUACUACAACAGGAACAGAAUGAUCUCCUCGUUCAAAAUGUCGUGACAGCAGAAGCCGGACCGGCUCCUCCUGUAGAAGUUUCGACGGCCGUUAUCGUCGUUACGAUUAUCCACAGAAAAAAACCCAUCCCCAUCCAAUUUGUUUAUGCAAAACACGUUGUAUCAAGUGAUGAGUUUGUCAUGCAAAAAAUGGAUGUGGAUGGUUUUUUUUCUGUGGAUAACGAUUAUGCUCCUUUCAUUACUUCUCUCCGUUUGCGUCGGGGUGCUGUUCUUCUGCCGCAAAGCGUGCAUAUUUCGUAGCGCCGGGCGUAGUCGUGGCUCCGGAGGUGCGCAAAAGGUAAAGGGAAUAAGAAACGACCACGUUGAAAAUAAAGCGUCAACGUCACGGAUUUUUAAAUCAUCGGUGAUGAUGAAGGAAGAAGACCAAAAGAACAUCAACGUUGUAAAUAAAAAUCGCCGAACUACAACGUCCAUCACAACAAGUAUGCGGAGGAGCGGUGCGACAGCUGGUGCAGCUCUGUCCAGAAGAUUCUCAAAGCCACUUUUGCUCGCACCAGCUGAUGCGCCACCGCCGAAAAGAAGUGUGGUGAAUCUUGUUCGCGACGAUCGAAAAACAACGUGCGAUGCGGAUGCGGCCGCUUGUUCCCCUUGCUCCCCUGCUCUCGAGGAGAUUCAGACGGAGGAUGAGGGCGAAUAUCUACCUCGUGCUCUUACUUUCGGGGCGCUGGGAAGACGGACCCACAACGAUAGCGACGUCGUGUGAGGAGCAGCAGCCAGAGAUUCUGGAAGAAGCAUUUCUGAUGUGACAAGAAAUGUAAUUAGAAUUAUGUAAUCUUUAUUCCAGCUCUAUUUUUCCAUUCGCGUACACCGCUGGAGAUAAAAGAGCAGUUAGCUGCCACAAGGAC